AUGAAGAUGUUUCCUGGGACGCUAAUAUCUCGCUUGAAGCAGAUGCUCACGGGUGGCGGGAGUGAGGGCAAUGACCCACCGGUGGAGGAGACUGUCCACCACGGUAACCCGCUGCUAACGUCGGCCAAGACGAGCAUUCAGCAGAACGGUGCGUACGGAUUCACGAGUUCAGCGUCGAGUGCUCGCCGUCUAAGCGACAUUACCGACAUGCCCCGAGCCAACCACGUUUAUGGAUCUCACAACGCAGUCCCGCUUGGAGGAAUGCAUCGGACGCUGACCAACAACAACAGCAGCAUAGCUAGCAGACGAUUUGAUGUGGAAUCGCGCCCAAUUCCCGUAAAACGAAGCAGUAAUGGGCCGCCGAAUUUGAUCCCCAUCAAAUACGCCUCCUCGAAACCAUCAGUCACGGGGCGUCCCAGAUUUGGGAACGGCUCGAACCUGUUUGCUGGAUCCAGUUCCAUGUAUAAACAGAGCAAUGAAAACGUUCCAACGCUAGUGCCGCUUCCAGGAGGGCACACUAAUCCAGGCAACUCUGUACCGGAGCUCACCAGCGAAUUCAGAAACCUUUUGCGGUCAAAAUAUAGUACGAGCUCGGUAACCACCGACCACGUAUCUGCGCUAGAUCGUGAUCUGUUGUUGCAGAAUGAGGCGAGAUUGAAAUACGAAGCUUUGAUGAAAAAGUUCAUCCCCAUCGCCAAUGAUCCGCCGGUUCGUGGAGCGUACGAUCGUUUCACUCAAAGGAAGCUUAACGGCGACAUCCAACGGCCCGGUGCUCAUAAAGCUGCAACUGCAGAGACGAUAUAUCUUACCGAAGACGACGAUGAUGACGAUGAUGAUGGCGAUGAUUGCGUCGAAGUGGUUUCAGACAACAAACCAAGUAGGCUGUUCACGACGAUUGAUCCGGCGCAUUUCGGUCUGCAGGAUGAACCGCCAGAGGAAAGCGCAAAGAAUGCGAGUGAGCUACCGCCCACCGAGAUUGUGAACACGUUAAAGGAGCGGUUCCAGACUAAACAGGUCUUCCGGGAUAACAUUAUCCAGGACGUGCAGCAGCGCUACGGGGCCCUGUUUAGUCAGCGGAAAUCGCUCAUUGAGCAGGAAAAAGAACGACUUAGUAGCUUGAGGAAGAACACCCAAGAGAAGGAAAAUGAAAUGCGUAACAAGAUGCUAAACUAUGUCUGCUCCUUCUAUACAUUCGACGUGCUUGACGAAACGGAGCUGAAAGAAUCAACGCCCGAGCCGGAAGACGUACCGCUGCCGACGUUGACCAAGGACCAGCUGGAGCUGAUGCAUCGGAAGCUGCGCACCGGCAACCAGGUUGUAAUGGAGAAAUUCAACCUACCGAUUACGGGCAAUGAUCUCGUGACACUCCAAGGCAUGAACUGGCUGAACGACGCGGUCAUCAAUUUCUACAUGGAGCUGCUUCGUGAGCGUUCCGAGAUGAAACGCGACCAAGGUCUACCGAAAGUGUACACGAUGAACACGUUUUUCCUGCAACGGUUGCUACAGACUGGUUACAGUGGAGUGCGACGCUGGACGCGCAAGGUGGACCUGUUAGCGCACGAUAUGAUCGUCGUGCCAGUGCAUGUCGGCGGCAUUCAUUGGUGCAUGUCGACCAUCGAUCUUCGGAAGAAGACAAUCCAUUACUACGAUUCGAUGGGUGCACCGAACAAUGAAGUGUUGAACGCUUUGGAGAGCUACCUAUGCGAAGAAUCGCUGGACAAGCGCAAGGCGCCAUUUGACAUGAACGGGCUGACCAAGCAGAACAUCCGCGAAUGCCCACGACAGAAGAAUGGCAGCGACUGUGGAGUGUUCAGCUGCAUGUUCGCGGAGUAUUUAACGCGCGAUCAUGCAAUCACGUUUGACCAGUCGAACAUGGAGUACUUCCGUCAAAAGAUGACGGUAGAAAUCAUGCUGGGCAAGUUGCUAACGUAAUCACCCGCAUUACCAGCCCUCAAUGCCCGCUAUCUUCAGCGCUGCUCCGCAGUUCUCACCUAACAGCACAUCAAGGCACUACUGUACGAACUCUCGGGCAGCUGGGAUUUGCGCAUCUUUUAUUUCGGACGGAC